AUGCAGGGUGCUGGGUGCCGCGUGACGUGCCGAGCUGCUGCAGUCGGUGUCCUCGGUCUCCUGUGGGUCGUCACGGCUGUCUUCACCUGCCCGGAGAAAUGUGUUUGUGACAUUGCCACGUCUGUUUACUGUGAUAGUGGGGGGCUCAAACAAGUUCCCGCCAAUAUACCACUGGAUACAACAUCUCUCACCAUACGGCACCACAGCAUACAGAAUCUGUCUGAUGCUGAUUUCUCCAACCUCACCAGCCUGGAGAGGCUUUAUCUGCACAACAAUGACAUCCACGUUCUCCCUGCUGGAGCGUUCUCACAUCUCACCCGACUGAAGCGGCUGAAUUUAUCUGAUAAUCAUAUAUCUGAUCUUCCUGAUGGAGUAUUCUCAAAUCUGACCAGUUUGGAACGCCUUUACCUGUCCGUCAAUAACAUCUCGAGUCUCCCUGCUGAAGUUUUCUCACAUCUCACCCGUCUGAAGGAGCUGGACCUAUCUAAUAAUCGUAUAGCUGAUCUCCCGGAUGGAAUAUUCUCAAAUCUGACUAGUUUAUUAUGGCUGUCCCUUUACAACAAUAACAUCUCGAGUCUCCCCGCUGGAGUUUUCUCACAUGUCACCCGUCUGAAGGGGCUGUAUCUAUCUGAUAAUCAUAUAGCGUAUCUUCCGGAUGGAGUGUUCUCAAAUCUGACCAGAUUAGAAUGGCUUCACCUGUCCAACAACAACAUCUCGCGUCUCCCCGCUGGAGUUUUCUCACAUCUCACCCGUCUGUGGCGGCUGGAUUUAUCUGAUAAUCAUAUAGCUGAUCUCCCGGAUGGAGUUUUCUCACAUCUGCCCCGUUUGUAUCGGCUGAAUCUAUCUGAUAAUCACAUAGCUGACCUCCCGGAUGGAAUAUUCUCAACUCUGACCAAUUCGAUACACCUUGACCUGUCCAACAAUAAGAUUCCAAGUCUCCCUGUUGGAUUUUUUCCCCAGCUUAUAAACCUCGGAGAGUUAUUCCUAACUGGGAACCCCUGGAGGUGUGACUGUAGUUUACAGGAUAUAAUGACGACGGGACGUGUACCGCGUUAUUCAAUUCGCGAUGCCCCUACCUGCAGCUACCCUCCUCACAUGGAACACAGCGCGCUGAUCGACAUUGUUUCAGACAGAGUUUGUAGCGGCCGGGGAAACUGUACCACGGGAAGUGCAGAAGGCACGUGUGUUUGUAACGUCGGCUGGACUGGUCCAUUCUGCGACGAAGGUAAGAUAACGGUGCGGGUCGGUCCGAACGAGAACUCCAAUCAGAAUGACCAGUGUGGACAGACUGCCAACACCAAGAUCCUCCCUGGUCCCAUAGUGAUGUAUUGCGGUCUGCCGAUAUAUGGGCGUUAUGUUUCUGUAGACGUGGACACAAAGUUACAGCCCAUUGUCCAACUGUGCGAGGUAGAGGUCUAUGUUAAAGAUAUCUGCUGUGACGAUAGCAAAGAGCUCCUGAACGGCCAGAUCACUCCUACCGGCGGGGGCUACUGCUCUGGGAACGACAUUCAGUUCUCUUGUGACCCUGGAUACGAGGUUAUCGGCAACUCAUCGGCCACCUGCCAAAAGGACGGGAGUUGGGACAGAGGAAUUCCGACUUGCCAACGUAUCUGCUGUGAGAACACAACCAGGAUACUGAACGGCCAGAUCACGGUCAAUGAUGACUACUGCUCUGGGAACUCUAUCGAGUUCACUUGUGACACUGGAUAUCAGCUUGUCGGCAGCAAGACCGCCUUCUGCACGGGCAAAUACUGGGACCGAGAGAUUCCGACAUGCCAACGUGUCUGCUGUGACAAUAUAACCGAAAUAAUGAGCGGUCUGGUUAAUGCUACCGAAGGGUACUGCUAUGGGAACGACAUCAGUUUCUCUUGUAAUCCUGGGUACGAGCUCGUCGGCAGCUCCUCGGCCACCUGCCAAGAGGACGGAAGUUGGGACCCAGAAAUUCCGACUUGCCAACAGGAAAGUCGCAUGACUACUGAAGCCAUUAUCGGCGGAACCACUGCCGGUAUCGCCGCAGUGCUGAUUGUGGCAGCUGUCGUCUUCAUGGUCUUCCUAAGACGUAGGAGGAAACGAAGAGAGGAAGAAUAUAUCUCACAAUCGGUUGCUUAUUUUGUACCAGAUGACAUAGCAAUCCACAGGAGGAGAUUGGAGGAGAUGGCCCCGCUGGUUCCAGCCCGGUCACACUUCCCGAAGUUAGAGACCGACCCCGGACGGGUGACGCUUGGUGAGAAGAUCGGCAGCGGGGCGUUCGGCAUCGUUUACCGGGCAACCCUGACGCGGAACGACCAGACGGAGGAUGUCGUCGUAAAAACUCUGAAAGAACACGCCAGUGAGGAGGACAAGCUGGGUUUCCUGGAAGAAAUCCGUGCAGUUGUGGACCUGGGGGUUCAUAAGAACCUGCUGGGUCUGCUCGGCUGCAGCACGGUGACGCGAGACCAUCUGUAUCUCAUCACGGAGCUCAUGCCGUACGGAGACCUGAAGAGCUUCUUGAGAAAAUGCCGGGAGGAAGAGACCUCUGACGAAUCUCGAGAGGAUAUCUACACCUUCGAGGUGAUACAGAUGUAUCAGGUGGCCCGGCAGAUCGCUAGAGGCAUGGAUCACAUCGCCCGGUCUCGUUACGUCCACGGAGACCUGGCCGCUCGGAACGUGCUGGUCGGAAAUCGCCUGCAUGUGAAGAUUUCUGACUUCGGGCUGGCAGAAGACAUCUACAGCCGAGGUUACCGUCGGCAGGACCGGCUCCAGAGGGUGCCCUGGAAGUGGAUGGCGCCGGAGCGGCUGGAGGGUGGGGAAGCCUACACCUCACAGAGCGAUGUGUGGUCAUUCGGGAUAGUGCUGUACGAGAUCUGCACGCUAGGGGGCGACCCUUACCCUGGCGUGUCAGUAUCCGAGCUGAAAGACCGCCUACAGACUGGAUUCAGGAUGGACCAACCUGAAGACUGCCCGGGAGCCAUGUACGAUCUGAUGCAGCAGUGUUGGCGCCGGCAGCCCAUCCAGCGGCCGCUCUUCAGCCAGCUGUAUCUAACACUGGACAAGCAUCUCGCAGUCUACGGACCCGAGUACUUGGAUACAAACUAA